UUCCAACUACAUACCAAGCCAUAGGAGCAUUGACUCGAUGGCUCAAACCCUCCGUAACCUCCUCUUAGUCUUACUCGGGCGUCCACCACAACCGCCGCCGCCGCCGCCUCAAUGGGAAUACGAUGUGUUCGUGAGUUUCCGAGGCGAGGAUCUGAGGAGAAACUUCAUAGCGCAUCUCUUCUCCGCUUUGAGCCAGGCCUCGAUCCGGUGCUUCAGAGACAACGCGAGAGAAGACAUUGGGGAGGAAAUUAAAUCCAAGCUUUUUAAAGCGAUUGGGCGUGCGAGGAUUGCUCUCAUCGUGUUCUCCGAGAAAUAUGCCGACUCGAAGUGGUGCAUGAGCGAGCUGGUCGAGAUUCUGGAGUGCCGGAAGAGGUUCAGAAACCAUGGUCACCUAGUUAUUCCCAUCUUCCACAAGGUAAAAGCCGCAGACAUUUCGAAUUUGACGAGCGGAAGUGAAUUUGCUCAAGGUUUUGAGAGAUUGUGUGGAAACCAGAGAGAUGACGGGCAGAUACAGAAAUGGAGGGACGCCCUGAUAGAGACUAAGCAUUUGACAGGAUUCGACUUGAGGAAUGAUGCCGGAGGGGAUGAAGGGAGACUCGUGGACAUAAUAGUAAAGCACCUUGUCGAGAAAAUCCACGAAACAUGGCCACUCUGCAUUGUGAAAAAUGCAAUUGGAGUGGAAUUCUUGGUAGAUGAGGUGAUUUCUUUAAUUACAAUGGGCCAAAAGAAGGACGUGUGCGUUAUCGGUAUAUGCGGAGUAGAAGGAAUAGGAAAGACGACAGUGGCCGAAGUCAUCUACGAGCGCAUUCACCGUGAUUUCGAGUGUUCCGUCUUUCUUGAUAAAGUUGAAGAAGCAGAUUGCAACAAUCUUGUAGGUAUAUUAGGCCUACAGAAGAAGCUGCUCCAUAAUCUCAUAAAGGUAGAAGGAUGGAGGAUGUAUGAUGACAUUCAAACCAACAUCAAGGUGAUAAAGAGUAACAUGUGCCGUAAAAGAAUACUUCUUAUUCUUGAUAAUGUAACUAGGAAAGAACAAAUUGACUACUUCGGAGCCAGAGAGCGAGAACUGCUGUGUCCUGGGAGCAGAAUUUUGAUCACAACCAGAGACCAAAACUUGCUAAAAGAUCUCAAGGUAGAUGACAAGUGUAUGGUCAAAGGAUUGGGCAAGAAUGAGGCACUCCGGCUCUUUUGUCGCCAUGCCCUGAAGAGAGAAGAACCUCAAGAAGGCUACGAGGAGUUGUCCCGAAGUCUAGCUCAUUAUGCAGGAGGUCAUCCAUUGUCUCUUAAAAAGUUGGGCUCGUACCUAAAUGGCAAGUCGAAACAUCUAUGGCAUCGGACAUUGGAGAAGUUGGUUAAAAGCCCUUAUCUCGAUUCGCUCUUUUGUCCCUUCAGGUCAGUCGGGCCAUAUGGAGGUCAAGGCGGUGAUGCUUUUGAUGAUGGGGCACACACUGGUGUGCGGCAAAUUAGGCUGUACGGACAGUCAGUUAUUGAAUCCAUCACCAUCGAUUAUGAUCAAAACGGGUGUUUAGUGAGAUCUGUCCAGCACGGUGGACCUGCCCCUGACAAUGAAACGCUGGUGAGAUUGGAUCAUCCAAGUGAAUACAUAAUUUCUAUAUCAGGCCAUAUUGAUUAUCAUGGUGAUCAUAAUGUUGUCCGGUCUCUCAAGAUCCACAGCAACAAGCAGAUAUAUGGACCUUUUGGAUCUGAACAAGGAUGGCCUUUUCAUCUCUCACAUUCGGAUGGAAAGAUUAUUGGGUUUCAUGGGAAAUGUAGCAGCCAUCUCCACUCAAUCGGAGCACAUUUCAGGCCGAUUUCUCCCCCAUAUCCAUUUGAUGUCGUGGGACCAUUCGGUGGUGAUAGUGGCAUGGACAUUUGGGAUGACGGAAAAUACACGGAUGUGAGGCAAAUUGUCGUAGGCUUCGAUUUGGCAAUUACGUCCAUCUCCAUCUUAUAUGACCAACAUGGACAUCCGGUCGGUCCGUUCACACAUGGCACAAGUGGAGGAGGCAAAACCUGUACGAUUAAGCUCGAUUAUCCAAGUGAGUACUUGACAUCCAUCUCGGGCUACAUUGAAGAAGUUUCCAGACUCGCCUUUCUCCAAUCAUUGACAAUCCAUACUAAUAAAAGGGAUCAUGGACCGAUCGGAACAGCUAAUAAAGGGAGGCAUUUUUCAUUUCCAUACACUGGCGGCAAAAUUGUCGGGUUUCAUGGGAGUUGCAAUGGCCCUCAUCUCGAGUCCAUCGGAGGCUUUUAUGAGCCGAUUCCUCAUACAUAUCCUAUUAAGGUUUUUGGGCCUUUUGGAGGCGAAGGCCAAAAAUCCUGGCAUUUUUCUGAUUUAAGGGGAUUGAUGUUCACUACGCAGACUUCAUCAAGUCCAUUACUUUUAAAGUCGACGAUGCCACCGACUCCGAACCACAAACUAAUUACAGUGGAUAUGGCGGGGAGAAUACUUUCAAGUCACUCACGUCGAAUCUCGUAUCCUAUGGCCUGUUUGCAGGUUAAACUGAUAAAUGGAGAGUACAUAACUUCUUUUGCUGGAUAUCUCCAAAAUGCAAAUGGUUGUGGUACUAUAAUCAACUCGCUCACAUUUCAAACCAACAUGAGAAUAUUGGGACCCAUUGGUACAGAGGAAGGGGAGUACUUCUCCUUACCAUCGGAAGCUGGGAAAGUUAUCGAGUUCUUCGGGAGAAGUGAUGAUUUUCUCAAAUCUAUUGGAGCACACGUCGAAUUAUAUUCUAAUAAGCUCUAUCCCUUUAGUUCUGUCGGGUUAUUUGAGAGGUCAAAUGCAUCCUUUUGGGAUGAUGGCAAUAAGCAUACCAACGUAAGGAAAAUCAUUGUUGAAUUUGAACCUAGUAAAGGGUCGCGUAUCCGAUCAAUCGCUUUUCAAUAUGAAGAGGAGAGUAAAGAAUUGUGGCAAUCUGAGACACAUGGUUGCAUUGAUGGAAACAACUUCCAUACGAUGCGGAACGUCGAAAUCCAUACGAUCAAAAUACAAGAUCCAGAUGAGUAUUUGACUUCAAUAUCUGGGUAUCUUUCUCUUGGUGGCAUUCAAUCGCUCACAUUUCAAACUAACAAAAAAACGAUAGGACCUAUUGGUGAUGAAGAUUAUGCACUGCACUCCUCAUCUCCUGCAACGGGUGGCAAAAUUGUUGGAUUUUAUGGGAGGGGAGGUCAAUGUCUUGAAGCUAUUGGGGCAUAUUUUGAACCGAUAUCUCAUCUCUACCCAAUCAAAUCAAUUGGGCCAUUUGGAGGCCUAGGUGGGUGUGCUUGGGACGAUGGUAAAUUCAGUGGUGUGAGGGAAAUACAGGUAAUGUACGACGAUGUUAUCCGUUACAUUGUGUUUUCAUAUGACAAGAAUGGUGAACGAGUUUGCUCAGCUAUGCAUGGUGGCCCCACUGGGGAAGAUAAGUCCAAGGUCGCUUGGGUUAGAUUGGAUUUUCCACAGGAGUACUUAACAUCGAUCUCUGGUUACAAGCGAGAGAAUGGUGAUGGCAACAUCGACAAUGCUAUUGUUCAGUCACUCACAUUUUACAGUAAUAGAGGAAGACAUGGUCCCUUUGGCAAGGAGACAGGGACGCACUUUUGGUAUCCAUCGACCAGAAGCAAAAUCAUCGGCUUUCAUGGGAGAUGUAGUAGGGAGACUCUCAAUGCUAUAGGAGUGUAUGCCGAGCCCAUACCGCACUUGUAUCCUUUCGAAAUCAUUGGACCCUUCGGAGGCUCUGGUGGAACUGAAUGGGAUGAUGGAGUGCAUAGUGAGGUGAGGGACUUUCAUAUCAUUGCCACCGACGUAAUUCACUCGAUCGCGAUUAUGUACGAUGACAAUGGUUCCAUCGUUCGAGGCUCUCAACAUGGCCGAGGAGACGGGGCUCUGGACACCUGGGUCGAUCUUGAUUAUCCCAAGGAGCGUCUAGUUUCAAUAUCUGGUUGGAUGAAGGGAAAUGGAAAAACUCCACAAACUGUCAUCCAAAACCUGAAAAUACAUACCACGAAGACCACUCACGGGCCGUUUGGAUCAGAGGAUGCUCUUGGAAUGUCAACAGAAUUUAGUAUCCCGCCGGUAUCAGGCAAAGGCAGGAUCGUUGGCUUUUUCGGAAGGGCGGGAUCGUGUCUUAAUUCUAUCGGAGCGCGUUUGGAACCAUAUUAGCUUAAACCCCCUCCCUCCCCCAAGCUUUAUAUAUAUCUAUAUGUUGUCUUUGGCUUGUGAUUGUAAGAAUCUUCUUUUUUAUUUCCUAGUCUUUUUUAAAGCGUUGGUCAUGGCAAGUUUCGCUUGACAUGAGGAUUAACAAUGCGGAUGCUAUGAGACGUAGCUAAGAUUAUAUUUGGAUGGGAUUACUAGUCGUCAAAGAGAAGAAAAUGAAGAAUAUAAAUGCAUGAAUAGUUAUCCGAGAA